UGUGUGUGUGUGUGUGUGCUGUCAACAGUACCACCACCACCACCUGUAACUGUGGCUUCUGUUUUUCACGCUCAUUAAGCGUACUUUUUCCCAGCGAGUCGAAGGAAGAUGAAGAAGCAGAACAUCCGGACGCUGUCGCUCAUCCUGUGCAUGUUCUCCUACUUGCUGGUGGGCGCCGCGGUGUUCGACGCGCUCGAGUCCGAGUCCGAGUCCUCCCGGAGGCGCGUCUUGGAGAAGAAGCGGAACGAGAUGAAGAAGAAGUACCGCUUCUCCGAAGACGACUACCUGGAGAUCGAGCGAGUUGUGAUGCAAGCGGAGCCCCAUCGCGCGGGGACGCAGUGGAAAUUUGCGGGAUCCUUUUACUUUGCCAUAACAGUCAUCACCACCAUUGGUUAUGGACAUGCAGCUCCAGGCACCGACGCAGGAAAGGUCUUCUGCAUGUUUUACGCCGUGCUGGGCAUCCCUCUCACUUUGGUCAUGUUCCAAAGCCUGGGAGAGAGGAUGAACACCUUUGUGCGCUACCUCCUGCGCAAGGCCAAACAGUGCCUGGGCUUCCACCGUAUCCAGGUGUCCAUGGAGAACAUGGUGUUCGUGGGCUUCCUGUCCUGCAUCGGCACGCUGUGCGUGGGUGCCUCCGCCUUCUCCCACUUCGAGGGCUGGAGCUUCUUCCACGCCUACUACUACUGCUUCAUCACGCUCACCACCAUCGGUUUCGGGGACUUUGUGGCACUGCAGAAGCAGGGCGACCUCCAGGAGAAGACCCCCUACGUGGCCUUCAGCUUCGUGUACAUCCUGGUGGGGCUGACAGUCAUCGGAGCCUUCCUCAACCUGGUGGUGCUGCGCUUCCUCACCAUGAACACUGAGGACGAACGGCGGGACGCCCAGGAGCGGGCCUCCAUCAAGCGGGACAGGGGCCUGAUAGGGUCCCCCCUGGCCCUCCGCGGAGCCGGCGGGGAGGAGGGCGGAGAGAGGCGGCGGGGGGGAGGAGGAGGAGGAGGAGGAGAGAUGAGGGGACGGUGUGGCCGGAGCAACAGCAGCACCCUCUUCCUGCCCAUGGAGGAAGGCACCAGCCGCACCAAUCUCAUCUCCCCGCAGAUGGAGGGGCGGGAGGAGAAGGGGUCCCGGCGGCGAGGUGGCCUGCAGCCGGACUCCAGCCUGGGCUCGCUGUGCUCCUGCGUCGUGUGCUACCAGCUGGGCCUGUGCGACAGCCCGCUCAUGUCGGGCUGCGAGCACCACCAAUCGGUGUACUACAACUCCGUGUCCUACAGGAUCCAGGGCCGCUCGCCCGACUCAGUGGGGCAGCGCAGCGGACUCUCGUCCCCAGGGAGCGUGCUCUCGCCCGGGCACAGCUCAGGGGAGUUCCCCCGCUCCCGGAGGAAGUCGGUGUAGAGGGGGUCCAGGGGUUGUGUGUGAUGAGGGAUCGAUACACAAAAAGAACAACAACAACAUGAUUUCACUGAACACCUGUUGUGCAUGUCUAAGGACACUUUCUACUGCUUGGAUAGGUCACACCACUUCUUCACGAUGAGGAUGUGGGAUGAGUGGGUAUUUGUGUUUUGGUUUAUUUAUUUGCUGUAGCAUGUGAGCCAAAAUAAUGCAUGAGAAGGGCGUUGGAGCAUGCGAUGAACUGCAUGAGUGCUGGGUGAAGACACUUUCAGAGAUGGGGUUUAAUAUACACAUCUUUCCAAAUGUAUUCUUUGCAUCAGCGUUGAUUUGUACCUGGACAUUUCAAAAGGGAACGAGGUUGUUGGGAGUUCUAGGUAGCGAGAUAUGCAGUAGGCUACAAAGCCGUGGUUUAGGACAGCGAGUCUUAUAACUCUUCAGAGAUGUCUCCAUGUUUUUUGGGUCAGAUUAAAGAUGUCAUUAAUCUUUUAUAAAAAAAAGAGCCUUAAAGCCCUUUUAAAAGCACAGGACUUAAGUGGCUUUUAAAAUCGGGUUCUGUUUAAUAUUUUACCUCAUUACCUCUUAUUGAAGGGCAAAUUCAUUUUGCAGUGCACACUUGUGCGCUUAUGUGCAGCUCAUAUACAGAUAUGUAAUACUCUGUACGUGAGUGGUUUAUAUUUAGUGGAUGUAGCACAUGUCUGGUAUGUAGCAGAACUCUGUCCGAUUUUCUUUUUCAAGAAUCUCAGUUGUGUUCCUUAUAAUGUGUCAGAAUUGGCCACCAUGUCUAUUAAACCUAAAUAGGAGAUUACU